AUGGCGACCAUGAGCUCCUCCUCCCUCAAGGCCCAAAUAUUCUCCUCUACGAAUCCUAGAAUGGCCCCACGCCACACCCUCGUCCCCGCCCUCCGCCCCAACUCCUUUCUUCCCCCUCUCUCGUCCCACCACCGGCCAGCCUUCCGGUCAGGGCUGGCCCGGGCGAUGGCGGCGGACAAAGAGUACUCCUCGAGGAGGAGCAGCAGCAGCGAGCCGAGAGAGACGAUCCUGCUGCCUGGAUGCGACUACAACCACUGGCUUAUCGUCAUGGAGUUUCCCAAGGACCCCACCCCCACCCGGGAGCAGAUGAUCGAGACCUACCUCAACACCCUCGCCACCGUUCUCGGAAGGUAA